AUGGGUAAACACUCCACAUCAGGGGUUGAGAGGAAGCAUUUCAACGAUAAGCUCGGCAUCGACGCUAUCCGACGGGCGAACAUGUUCCCGAACAAAAUGUCCGCCAUCGAAGUAGAGCUACGAGAGAAGUACUACGCGCUCGCCUCUGCUAAUGCUCUCAUCAAGUACCUCGAGAAAGUUCAAACAGCUCUGGCACCAGCCGCUCGAUCACUACAGAUCAGUUUCUUACCGUCACCGGAAGAUAUCUGUCACAUCGACACAAUCACAGCCCGGGAGCUUGAGCUUGUGCGAAGCUCGAGCUCGGCGCCCAGCGACGCGAACAAAUACACCCUGUUCGAUGUAAUAAAUUAUACGUGUACGGCUGCCGGUCGACGCGCCCUCAAAUGGAGACUCCUGCAACCCUUCAGGAAGAGCGAAGACAUCGAAGAGCAGCUCAACAAUGUCGGGGAGCUGAUCAACAAUCCCGAUGCUCUCGAAGAUCUCCGAAACCUAUUGUCGAAGUCGACGGAUCUCGAGAAGAUCGUCUCAGGACUCAAUUUGGCCGCGACGACCCAAACCGAUAGAACGUCUGCUCUAGCCAGCCGAGUUCAGAACUUACUCGCGCUGAAGUUCAAUCUGAAUCUUCUGGAAAGCUUCGAGACCGUUCUGGAUUCCUUGAACGAUGCGGAAUGUACCUACCUUAAAUCUAUUCACCAAUUCCUUCUGGAUUCCCGCUUGAUGGAGAUUUCUUACGAGAUCAACAGAUACCUGAUUCCUGAGGCGACUCUCAGCCGCGGGGUUUUGGACUCUUUGAAUAUACGGAUGCAAUGCGUCCGAACGGGAAUCAGCCACACUCUCGACGAGUAUCGAAAACUCUACGGAGAACUGAUCCGCGACGCGGAAGCCGCCUGCAAGGACGUCGCGGCUAAUCACCAACUGCCGGUGAAGCUCACCUAUAACGCAGCGCGAGGCUUCCACCUGACACUCAGUAGGAAGGGCUUUUCGGCGGCGCAGCUCCCAACGACCUUACUCAAGAUCACGACCGAACAAGCCACCUAUCACUUCACCACGGAAAUAUUACUCCAAGUGAACGAGAGGAUGGAGUACCUGCUGGACGUCAUCUACGACAAAACGAUGGUCGUGCUGACCCCCCUACUGCAGUCGAUCGAACCAUACACCGAAUGUCUUUAUAAAAUGGCUGAAAUCCUCUCCGAGCUCGACGUCGCUUGUAGUCUGGCAGUGGUGGCCACCUGCGGGCACGGCUUCGUGAGGCCGAAACUCAGCGACAGCGCCACAGUUGUCGAGGAAAGUCGGCAUCCCGUCUACACUCGCUACGGGACGUCUGAGGAUCACGAAGACUUCCAAUGCAACCCGAUCUAUUUUUCGAGGAACGACAACGUGAUCGUGUUGUCAGGACCGAAUAAUUCCGGAAAGUCGGUCUAUAUGAAGCAGGUCGCUCUCAUGCAAAUCCUCGCACAGAUCGGGAGCUACGUUCCCGCGAAGUGGGCCGUCUUCAGACCGGCCGGUUCCAUAAUCUCGCGCACCGGACACGGGGACGAUCUUCAAAGUAACGCGUCGACGUUCAUGAUGGAAGUUCUCCGAAUAGGACAAAUGAUUCGACACGUCGAAGAGGACUCGCUCCUCAUAAUAGACGAGCUUGGCCGCGGUACCAGCGAGGAAGAUGGAUCGGCGUUGUCUUUUGCCGUCGGGGAAUAUCUCUGCGGCUUCACGAGUUUCGUGAUUUUCUCCACGCACUUCGAGCUCGUCAUGCAUCUCGAGCGAUUCUUCCCGAACGUCAGCAACUAUCACAUGGACGCCGAAUUCGGCGAGAAUGGGAACUUGGUGUACAAACAUACUCUCGAGUUUGGUAUCGGUCCGCUAAGUUCAUGCGGAGUGCCGGUGGCCCUCAACAACGGGCUUUCAGAGGAAGUUUGCGCGCGGGCCACCGAGAUCGCGCAGGAAAUCUGGCUCGACAGCAGGCCAUCCAGAACCUUAGAUGAGAACGAGAUUCGGCUGAAGCUGCGACGGAAGGCGUCCCAGUUGAGGAGGAAAUUGUUCAUUUUGAGUAAGGGCCGAAAUUCAGUCAUCGAUACUUUGCACAUCGAUGAGAAUUUCAUCAGCGUUUCCAAAAGGAAAGCUUAG